AUGACUGAACAAGAAGAACUUGUCGGUUUGGCUGGACCCUGGAAUUCUUCGGACCUCAACCAGUUCAGCCCCACCAGGGUUGCCAUUCCAGUGGUCUUCUCCCUCAUCUUUCUGUUGGGCACAGUUGGGAACGGUCUGGUUUUGGCUGUGGUUCUGCAGAACAGCCAGAUGGGCUGUAACAGUACCAACCUCUUCAUUCUCAACCUCAGUUUGGCUGACGUCUCCUUUAUCAUCUUCUGUGUGCCCUUCCAGGCCACCAUCUAUUCCACCGAGGGCUGGAUCUUUGGCUCUUUCAUGUGCAAAGCUGUGCAUUUCUUCAUCUACCUCACUAUGUACGCCAGCAGUUUCACGCUGGCUGCUGUCUCCGUGGAUAGGUAUUUGGCCAUUCGAUAUCCAUUGCGCUCCCGGGAAUUGCGCACUCCCUACAGUGCGGUGGUGACAACAGUUAUCAUCUGGGGCCUCUCCAUGAUCUUUUCAGGGCCCUACCUGAGCUACUACGAUUUGAUUCAAUGGGAGGGCAGCUACCUCUGUGUGCCAGGGUGGGAGGAAUGGAAGCGCAAGGUCAUGGACACCAGCACUUUCAUCUUUGGCUACAUCAUCCCGGCACUUAUCGUCAGCCUCUCCUACACCAGGACAAUUAAAUAUCUCUGGACGUCUGUGGAUCCUUUGACGGACAUGUUGGAGUCCAAGAAAGCUAAGCGGAAAGUGACUAAAAUGAUUAUCAUUGUUACCAUCCUCUUCUGCUUGUGUUGGCUGCCCUACCAUGUGGUCGUGCUCCAUUACCUCUAUGGAGACUUCCCAUUCAACCAAACUACCUAUGCUUUCCGCCUGCUGUCUCACUGUAUGGCAUAUGCCAACUCUUGUCUCAACCCCAUUGUCUAUGCCUUGGUCUCCAAGCACUUCCGCAAGGGGUUUAAGAAGGUGUUUAGAUGUCUGCUGAGGAAGAAACCAUGGAACAAAGUCCACGCAGUCCGUGACACGAUUACUGUGCCUGGUAUUGAGGUGGGCUCCACAGAUGUGUCCCGGGUGAAUGAGAAUAAUGGGCAACUGAAUGUGUGUGAACUGGAUCCGAAGUCCAUCAUGGUCCCAUCAUCUCCUGCAUUUCAUAAGCCAAAGUGGAGUGGGACUUCAGCAAAGGGUGCCAAAUGCUUCCAUUAA